AUGAAAAAUGAGAAAAACGCGAAAGAUGCGAAAAACGCGAAAGACGCGAAAAAUGCAAAAAACGCGAAAAAUGCAAAAAACGCAAAAAACGCGAAAAACAAAACAAAGGUUAUAAAUAAUAAUGACAAGGACAUGAAAAAGAAUGAUAAGAAGAAAAAUAUCGGAAAACAAAAGGUUACUGAUAAAAGCAAGGUUAAGAAAACGUUAGAUAAAAAUGUGGACCACAAAAACAAAUUAAAAAAAAUGAAAGGCGCUGAUAAAAACAUUAAGAAGAAAAAAAUAAAAACAUCCAUCCGUUAUAAAAGGCCGAGAACCCUGAAACUCCCAAGAAAUCCCAAAUGCCCCAAAAUUGUCAAGUCCUGUUAUAGAAAGACGUUGGAUAAAUAUGGAAUAAUAAAAUACCCCUUAACAUCCGAAAAAGCUAUGAAAAAAAUUGAAGAAAUAAAUACAUUAGUGUUCAUAUGUGACAAAAGAGCGGAUAAGAGAAAAAUUAAGAAAUCAGUGAGCAGCUUGUUCGGAAUUACUUGCGAUAAGGUGAAUGUGCUUAACAGACUGAACGGAGAUAAGAAGGCGUACGUUCGCUUGUCAAAGGAACAUGAUGCUUUGGAAGUUGCUAACAAAAUUGGAAUUUUAUAA